AUGGACCAACAAGCUCAACAUUUGAGUCAAAUUUCACAAAUAUUGGCCAACCAACAAGGAGGGAGCUUCACAGCAAAUACUCAAAACAAUCCCAACAAUGGUAAGAAUGAACAAUGUAAAGCAAUUACCACAAGAAGCGGCAAGGAGAUUGGGAAAGGGAUUGGUGAUAAUUUAGAGGUGGAGAGACAAGUUGUUGACAAUAAAGAGGAAGUGGAGAGUGAGAAGGAAGAGAAAGAAGUACUAGUUGAAAAGGAUGUGGAGAAGGACAAAAAGAAAGAAGUCGGAAAGAAUGUGCCGGCUCAUAAGCUUCCAUAUCCUAAAGCUCAAUCGAAGAAGGACUUGGAAAAACAUUUCAAGAGAUUCCUUGAUAUUUUCAAGCGAUUGGAGAUCAACAUUCCUUUUUCCGAAGCUCUUGAACAAAUGCCAACUUAUGCCAAGUUCAUGAAGGAGAUCUUGUCCAAGAAGCAUCGCUACAAAGAGGAUGAAACAAUUCAACUAGAUGCAAAUUGUAGCGCAAUCAUCCAAAGACGUUUGCCAAAGAAAGAAAAAGAUCCCGGAAGAGUAACAUUGCCGGUAGCUAUUGGAAAGGUCAAUGUCGGUAAAGCUUUAAUUGAUCUAGGCUCAAGUAUUAAUCUUAUUCCAUACUCGGUUGUUAAACGAGUUGGUGGCCUAGAUAUGAAGUUAACAAGGAUGACUUUACAACUAGCCGACAAGUCCGUGGCACGACCAAUGGGAAUUGCCGAAGAUGUCUUAGUUAAAGUGGAUAAAUUUGUGUUUCCCGUUGACUUUGUGGUCAUGGACAUAGAAGAGGACGAUGAUGUGCCGCUAAUUCUUGGUAGAACAUUCAUGCUUGCCGCACGAAUGAUGAUAGACUAUGAUGAUGGAUUGAUGAAGGUGCGGCUUGACGAUGAAGAAAUCAACUUCAAUCUCCAUAGUGCAAUGAAGCACUCCAAAGACAAAGGAGCUUGUUUCAAGGUGGAUGCAAUGGAUGAAGUCAUCAUGGAAACAAGGAAACAAUUGCAUAAACCUACACCCCUUGAAAGAGUGCUCACCGACGCACUUAGUGUCCUUAGUGCGGAGGAGGAAAAGGAGAUAGAAGAAUGCUUGAAAGAGUUGGAAACCUUGAAGGAAAUUCCUCCAAAGAAAGCAAAAGUGGAGGAGUUGAAAAAGGAAGAAAGGUGA